UUACAAUCUUCCAAACCAACUUUCACCUGACUACUGCUGGAGAACGAUAGGUUUCCUCCUGGAUGAGCAUACUUUGGUGUGACUUUCAUUUUUUGUAAUUAGACUUGCGAAAUACUUUACACUUUUCGUCGUUGAAAACCUACUUCUUAAUAUUGCCUUACCUAUCCCCCGUGGUGGCUGAUAUUGCCGAUAUCAUGGGGUCGACUGAACCGACAGAAGCUCAAUGGACAGCUCAGUCCGUCCUCGUCACCCUACCCCAUCCUCCUCCGGAGAACACUCCCACUCCUGUUCCUUUCUUCCACCUUCUUGAGCGCCUAAAGACUACCAAACGCGAAGGAUGGAGACGAUUCGGUAUUGCCCAUGGCGAAUCGAUAUCUGAUCACAUGUAUCGCAUGUCCAUCAUGACGAUGUUUGCCCCGCCUGCUCUGGCCUCUAGGCUAAACAUUCCCCGCUGCACGAAAAUGGCUUUGAUACAUGACAUGGCAGAAUCCAUAGUCGGCGACAUCACGCCAGCAGACACACACAUAACGAAAGUGGAAAAGGCCAGGCGGGAGGCGGAGGUUAUCGAAUAUAUUACCAAACCUUUGCUUGGAGCGGUACCGGGCCUCGCCACCCAGGAUAUCCAGGAGAUAUUCCAAGAGUAUGAGGAUAACGUUACACUCGAAGCCAAGUUUGUCCAUGACAUCGACAAGCUGGAGCUGUUGCUGCAGGCCGUGGAGUAUGAACGGUCCCAUGCUGGGAAGUUGGAUUUGUCGGAAUUCUUCCACGCCCUGGAAGGCAUCAAGCUUCCUGAGGUGAAGGAAUGGGCUAUGGUCGUGAUGCGGGAACGAGAAUCAUUCUGGGCAGGCCAGUCGCGGGACGCCUAAGCCUGCUCUUCGGACGCUUUAGUGCAAUGAUGAAUGUGCCAUGAGCGAUGAAGUCGUCUUCAAGUCAUCCUUAUUUUCUAUUUUUUAUGCCAUAGACGGUGCACGAGCAAUUCAUUUUGCGAUGUUAACAGCGGAGUUGGAGUUGAAACUUUCUUUUUGGGCGGUUGGUUUUCUUUUCCUUUUGAUCCCAGCAUCAUAAAUAUGGCAUUCGCUAGAAGUUUUAGAAUCAAACCUAGGAAUAGACAUUUCCUGCCUUACCUCCUCGCAACCUAAUUCCAUGUGUAUUAUCAUAGAUCUCUAAAUGUCGUAAACGCCAGUAAAUAAAAUCCUCUAAAAGUUAAAUCCGUAACUGUAACGCCCCCAACCUCUCUCUCCAUAUAAUCUUCCCACCCCCACUGGUAUAGUCCAUAUCACUCGAAAAGACAACGAAAACCCUUCAAUCCACCGCCUCCCCCUCCAUCUCCUUAGCUAACGCAAACGCCUCUUCCAUCAUCUCCUCCUCUGACCUCGGCUCCCGUGUCUCAUUAUCAACGCCCGGAAACCUAGAGCGCUCCCUCUCCCUUUCCCUCUCCCUCUUUUCCUCCACCAUCUCCCCCAAAUGCCUCGCGAUAUUCCCCUCCCGACCCUCCAUCAUUUCAUAAAUAGCAUCAGAACCACCCCUGUGCUCCAAAUCCGCCUUCCGCCUCGGUAUUAUAUGCGCAUGCACAUGCGGCACCGUCUGCCCGGCUUCCGGGCCAUCCUGGAUAGCUAUAUUUAGGCUUGUGCCGUGGUAUACGCGCUGGAUCAUGCGACCCACGCGUCGGACGGUUAGGAAGAGGUCGGUUGUUUCGCUAGGGGUGAGGUCGGUGACGCGCGGGACGCGCCGGAGGGGGCAGACGAGGACGUGGCCUGGUAAGAGGGGCUUGAGGUUUACGAGGGCGAAGGAGAGGGGGGUUACGUAGAAGACCUGUUGGUUGUUGAUGUUAGUUAGGAGUUGUGGGGUGUGAGUUUCCGGGGGCCGGGGGUGGUGGGGGGAGCUUUCCUGUGGUGUCACUAAGAAAGGGCCGAAAUAUAUUGGGGUUUUGGAGAUUAGGGACAUUGUGAAAUAGGCGUUUCUGGUACCAGGGAAGUGUACGAGCAAGCAGUUGAAUAUACGGUGGGACGACAAUGUGGUGGGAGUGUCCUGAGGAAUUGCAGGUCUGGCGGAUUGUGAUGGCCAAGCAAAGCCCCGGGGUUUCAAGGGCUCCUGUUUUGCAAGGAAAAUAUUUUGUCAAAUACACACAUAUACAUGAUAUUAUAAUUUUAUAAUAUUUUUUCUAUUUCUAUAUGCAA